UACGGGGGUAUUUAGUUCAAAGUUUUUGUCAAACAUGGAGGAAUUGAGGACGGAUUAUUGGGAUCGUUACGUUUCACUUAGCCAUUUUCUUUUGGCAUUUUCUGUAGGAUAUGUGACGCGUAACGCUUCCGGGUUUUAUGAAUUCAUUGUUUUCUAUAUGUCUAACAAGACUUGUGUAGCUGUGAUGUACAACUAUUUACUUAUGUGGUUCAUUGUUAUGUCUAUUUUGUUUGUUCGCAUAUUUUUGGGACGUUUGUCUCAAAUGGAGCGUGAACAGCUUUACGAAAUGACCCGGAACUACAUAAUGGAUGCAAUACUUUUUAUUAUCCUAUCUAAACCAAGGUUCAACGGCAACGAUAUUCCCAUUACUACGCUUACAAAGUCUAUUAUCUCCUUAGUUGUUCUAAAGUGCUUCCACAUUCUGGUACACGUACGCGAAGCGAAUCUUUUCCAAGUGGAUGUGCCGAAUUUUGUCACAUUGUUAAGGUAUCUAACAUUUGUAUACAUCCUAUCCAUGGUGGAUUCUUACUUCAUAACAUCUUUAUUCAAGGACUUGACAUGGAAAAACACGUUUACAAUAUGGUUGUUAUUUGAAAUCGUGGCAAUGAUGCUCAUAUGCGUUUUCAGUACAACAAGGAUAUUAGUAAACUCAAUGGACUAUUAUUAUGACGACGGACUCCAGAACAAAACUACAGUGUUAUUCUAUGUUGAAUUAUGUCAUGAUGUCGUGAGCUUAUUUGGCUUUAUUCUUUUCAUGCUGAUAUUUUAUAUACAUAACCCAAAUCAUUUGCCCCUAUAUAUGUUAAUUGACAUAUUACACGUUUUCAAGAACUUAUUUGAGCGGAUUCGUAUGUUGAAACAAUAUCGCAAAAUUUUGGAGUCAAUUGAAACACGAUACUCCAAGCCAACAAAUGAAGAAAAGGAACGCGACGGUACAUGUAUCAUAUGUCGUGAUGAGUUUGAUGAUGAUUGUAGAAAGAUUGAUUGUGGGCACAUUUUCCAUUUAUCUUGCCUGAAAUCUUGGUUAUUUCAGCAUUCCACUUGUCCAACAUGCCGUACUCCGAUUGAAAGUGAUCAUACCGCCCAUUCGCAUGAACAUAGUACUGCACGUAGGAUAUUGGCAUUAGAAAUUCGUACUCGCAGGUUCAUUCGUCGUACAUGGCGUCGUGUAUCAACGUUUAUAGCGAACAAGAUUUUCCGUCGCCGAAGGAAGGAUGAUCCAGAGUCUGUUAAGGAAAAACUUAUUAACUACUCAGCUCCAAUGAUGAAAUUAAUAUUAGAUAAAACUGCGAAUCGAAGGUUAAUAUAUGAGUUUUUUGUACAGAAACCAGAUGAAAGCAAUCUUAAAGAGAAUGAGGCCCAUGAAUCUGGGAUAGAGCCCUCAAAUGUAAUCCAGGAAAAUAAUGGCAUUGAUAUACAAAAACAAGUGGAUUCACCAGAUCAAUCGAGUGAUGUUAAACGUCAGACUAGUGAAUCUUCAAUUGAUACACCAAUCGAUAGAGACCUUGCAAGAGGUUUUUCUCAACUGUCUGCCGAUAGCAUAUUACAGUCUAUUGCAUGCUCUCCUGUAAAUGCGUCGACAUCUGGUAACCGUCAUGCUGACCUUUCAUUCGACUUUACAUCUACAACCGAAAUUACGAAGCCACGUAGGCGUGGUAGUUUUAUUAAAUCGUGGUUCAGGAAGCGUUUCAGCAGAUCGUCAUUGGAUUCGAAUAUAUCCAAGAAUAACGAAUCACCUGUUAAAGAAACUGCAAGUUCUGUGUCCGAUCGUAGUAAUAGGCUUAAAAGACUGUUUUCUGGUGGUUUGGACUUCAAGAGGUUCGGCUCUAGUAAAAGAAGUGACCGGUCUGAUUCCAACUCCUCUCGUACUCUUGAUCAAUUUAAUCCGGAAGUGUAUUCUAUGGAACAUCUUGAUAGCUCUUCUGAACAACAAGAAUGGGAAGACAUGCCUAAUCCAGUUGUUGACACAACAGAGGAGAUAAAAUCUGUAAAUGUUCCAGCCUUGCAUACUAUAAAUAACAAUGAAUCCCAUACUCAGUCUGAAAUUGAUGCUAACAAUGUUCCCGAUGAGCCGGUUACCAAUAAAGAAAUGGAUGAUAAUAAGGAAGAUAUUGUAGAGCGCAUAGAAUUGCCAGGUAUCGUUGUGCGUGGGCUUACUGAUGGCCAAAAUCUGAAUUUUAAGAUGCACACUUCAGCAGCAAAAUUAAUGCGUAAACUUAGAAUCUUACGAAAUAGGCUGGAGCAACUUCAUAGAAGUUAUAAUAUUGUCGUCACAACAAACGACAACGAAGCACGAGGUGGCAAUGAAUCCCUAGAUGAUCCUGAAGAUAAAAUAAACAAAGAUCCAUUGGAUGGCGUGAAUCAAUCAGAAAGAAGUAAUGACUGCAUGGAUCCUAAAUACGAUCAGGAUAGUAAGCCAACUGAUGGCCAUAGCUCCACUGGGAAUAUAGACUUUUUUGACGAGGAUUAUCAUACGGAAUCGUGUAAAAGGGCUAUGGCUGCUAGAAAGGAGGAAGCAAAAGCUCAGGAGUUGACAAAAAAACCUACCGAAACAGAUAUAUCAUUGAUCAGGCGUAUAAGGAUAGCGAAAUUCUCUAAAGAUUCAGAUACUGAAUCUGUAGCACAGGGCCCACCUGAAUCAGAAAAUGCAGACAAACCCGUUAGUUAUGUAGAUGAAGAUGGUAUGUAUCAUUGUUCUUGUGGUAGAAUGUUCGACGACAACCCUCCCCCUCCACCACCACCUAAGAAUGAUGUGACAAAUGUGGAGGCUUCUGAUACAAGCGAACCACCGGAAUCAAAUAGGUCAACUACAAAUCCGUCAACGACGAACUCUAACUUUUACGUAUUACAAGGGCUUAAUCUAGCCGUGGAAGGCGAAUUAAGAUCGAAUGUAGUGGUUCGUGCAUUCGAUGUAUGGUCAACUGUAAAUGAAAGUAACACUAAUGUAAGACGGUCCACAACGAAUAGGACUGCAGCUAUACAAGUUGAGGCUCUAAACAAACUUAUACAGGAACUCCAAUUUCUCGAAGAGCAUAAUAUUGACAUAUUGUUACCAACUGACUCGUCAUUUGACGAGAAAUUGGCAUCUAUUAUAUCGGAAGAUCGCAUGCCUGCGUACAAACGAGAUUUGUUCUUGAGCUACCUCAAGAUGCUUCGUAUGUGGUUUCUUUGUACACAGGGCAUCGCGUUAAGAGAUUUGUCUAACGGCUCAUUGCUCGACACUACUAGAUACCGAUUAUCCAGUUCUACGAGCGAACGCCAAAGAAACGUGUUACAGCAUCUGUUGGAAAGUAUAAAUUGUUAUAAAAUAUCAAAAACUGAUAUCGAGGGAUUGCAUAACAAGUACACGCAGCGUUCGACAAAUUAUCAAAAUUAUAUGGCGAGAUUACUAAACGUGGGUGUUCCUGUUGAUCUACUAGACAGUAUGGUAUCUAACAUGUCCAUCAUGGACACCAUAUUUUCCACAGAGAUGGAUAAGUUAGACAAGUAAUCUAAUCGGUUUUUAAAUGUGAUAU